AAUGACGACACAACCAAUGCAGCGAAAACAAAAACAUCAAGCAACCGAGUCUAGCGUCGAGUCCGGCAUCCACAAUAUUUGAUUUAUCUGUUCAUCUGAUGAUAAGCUUGGCUUAGUUUCCACCAUUUUCUUCGCGUGAUGUCUUGCUCGAGAAAGUUGUUCUUCAAGCGUUUGGUACUUGAUGCUUUACGACCUUCAAGGGUUGUACAACGCCAGAAAUUUAUAGUCCGCCAUGUUCUUGACAAAGCCUUCAGUAGUUCUUCCAGUUCAGGUACUAAAGAGAAAAAAUCGGAUGACCACAACCAUGUCCGCCUAAACAUUUCUUCAACUUUGCUUCUAAAUGACAAUGUCCCAAUCCCUCGUUUUGGUUUAGGUGUGUACGACAUUGACCCAAAACAAACCAAACAAGCUGUUCUUUGGGCUUUAGAAAGCGGCUAUAGACAGAUCGAUACAGCCGCUAGAUAUAAUAACGAAAAGUGUGUGGGACAAGCCAUCAAAGAAAGUAAACUAAACAGAGAAGAAUUAUUUGUGGUGACCAAGGUUUACCAUGUUGAUCAUGGAUAUGACGAGACUUUGAGGGCUUUUGACAAGAGUCUGAAUUUUCUUGGCCUUGAUUUCGUAGAUUUGUAUCUCAUUCAUUUCCCCGUUCCUGGUAGUGUGGUUCAAACAUGGAAAGCUAUGAUCAAAUUAAAAGAAAUUGGACUCAUCCGAUCAAUUGGUGUAUCAAACUUUAACAUCCAUCACCUUGAAGCACUCAGUCAGGAAAGUUCUGUCAUCCCAUCUGUCAAUCAAAUUGAAGUACACCCUUACCUUCAGGAGAGACGGUUAGUGGACUACUGCAAGGAAAAAGGAAUAGCAGUACAAGUAUACUCACCUCUGACGAGAGGUAAAAAGCUAAAUGAUCCUGUUCUAAAAGGGAUAGCAAAGGAAUGCAAUAGAAGUCCAGCUCAAGUACUGCUAAGAUGGUGCAUCCAGAAGGGUUUUAUUUGCAUCCCUAAGUCAUUUCAUUAUGAUCGCAUCAAGGAAAAUAUAGAGAUUUUUGAGUUUAAGAUUGAACAGCCACACAUGAAUAUGUUGGAUGGAUUAGAUGAAGGGUUUAGAACUGGAAGAGAUAAGAUCUUGUCACCAUGGGAUGGAUAGAAGUGAAACAAAAUUUUCAUAUUUACUGUUCUGUUAUGUCAUCAGUUUCUUACCUCUACGGCUGAGUUCAUAAUGUAUGGCAGAGGGGGGGGGGCAGGUGAAA